AUGAGAAACGGCUGUUGUUACUGCAAGAAGCCCAAUGUGGAAGUGAAAGCGGCUGAAGUUAAAUCAAACGUUGUUGAAGAACAAGAAAUCCCAAAUGGUUAUAUUUCAUUUUUCGCUGGUCAAGAUACAACACGGGCAAUAACUAUUAUUAUGAAACAAUCGAAAUAUAGUUAUCCCGACACGCCAUCGAACGUUCGUGCACUAUCCGAAGAAGAAAAGGUCAACUAUGUUAAAAAUAAAUUGAAAGGCGAAACAAUAUAA